AAACCCCUACGAUGGCGUGUUGCCUCAAAAUCCAGUGUAAAUUGUGUGCAAGAAAGUUAGAUUAUAGCACCUAGCGCACUGCUGCUGUGGUCCCACAACGGUGAAAAAUGAGCGAAAAUUUUCGCAAAUUUUGCUGAAAGUUGGCAAAAAGUGUUAAUUUCACAAGUGCUCAAACAAGUGCAAAAAAGAAAAAUGAAACGAAGAGUUACGAUCGUGUACCCACCGACGACGGUGCGGACACGCUGGGAUCAUCCACCGACGUUGGCCACCACCAACGGAUGUUCCAACUAUACACCGUCAACUUCCUCUUCCUCGUCAUCAUCGUCGUCAUGCUCAUCCACCUCAUGCUACUCAUCGACGAGUGCCUCGGAAAAACACUCCCUGCUGGAGGACGCCCUGAACAACAACCUUCGCGGGAAUGGCCACGUGUCCGGCUGGUGUGGUCCCGUUCACCACCACCAGCACCAUCACAGUCAUCAUCAACCUCCGGAGACCGAAAAGUGCAAUUUUCACAAAAAUGGCGGUCACUCGACCGGAAGUCAGGACUCCAGCCCCUGUGGGAGUCGCGGCAGUCCGAGUCCGUGUCUUCGCAAGGCGGGUGGGAAAUGUGACGGCGGCCACGUGGAUGACCCCGUGGACUGGCGGGUGUACUUCUUCGUGGGCCUGGUGGCCAUCGGGUGCUACCUUAACGGGCUGCAGGGGGACUUUGUGCACGACGACAUCCCGGCCAUCACAAUGAACAAGGACGUGCUCGGGUUGAGUUCGGUGGGGCAGGUCUUCCGGAACGAUUUCUGGGGCACGCCGAUGGCGGACGUCGGCAGCCAUAAAUCGUACCGGCCGCUGACGACGCUGACGUUUCGACUAAACUACAUAACAUUUGGCCUUCGCUCGCUCUGGUUUCACGCGACCAACGUGGUCCUACACGCGGCUGCCUGCGUCCUCUUCACCCGCGUCUGCUCGACGAUCGCCGGCCUGCGGAAGAACUUUGCCGUGUUCGCCGGCGUCCUGUUCGCCGUCCACCCGAUCCACACCGAAGCGGUGACCGGAAUCGUGGGGCGAGCGGAUGUUUUGGCGUGUAUAUUUUUUCUAGUGUCACUGCUGGCGUACCACGGCCACGGUGACGACCAGCCGGACAGCAACUCCGUCUGGCUAAGUAUCGUCCUCGGCGGGCUGAGCAUGCUGGCCAAGGAGACGGGCAUCACGGUGUUCCUGCUGAACGUGGCCUACGACGUGUACCGAAACUGGGCCUCGCUCAAGAAGACCAUCCUGGACGUAAGGUGGAGCGAAGAGACGCACCAGUUUGGCCGCCGGGUGUCCCGGGUGCUGCUCUCGAUGGGCGUCCUGCUGGCCGUCCGGCUCGCACUGCUGCAGGGCUCGUUGCCGCGGUUCUCCCAGCAGGACAACCCGACGGCGUUCCACCCGAGCCUGUACGUCAGAUUGCUGACGUUCUGCUACCUGGCGGCGUUCAAUUGGUGGCUGCUGCUGUGUCCGGCCACGCUCAGCCACGACUGGCAGAUGGGAUCGAUCCCAUUAGUCACAUCAAUAAGCGAUCCCCGGAAUUUGCUCACGUUUAUUGCGUUUUUUGCCGCGCUGCUGUUCGUGUACCGGGGCCUGCUGGACUGCGAGCACCAACGUCACGUUCCGGUAGUGCUGGGGUUUCUGCUGCUGGUGCUGCCGUUCCUUCCGGCCACAAAUUUAGUUGUAACCGUCGGUUUCGUCGUCGCCGAGCGAGUGCUCUACAUUCCUAGCAUGGGCAGCGUAAUUCUGGUGGUGUACGGUGCCCAGCGGCUCUGGGAGCGCGUUCCCAAGCUACGAAAGUCCAUCAUGGCGUUUGGCAUCCUCCUGAUAGUAGCCGGAACCCUCAAGACCCUCACCCGCAACGUGGACUGGAGCUCACGGGAGGCACUCCUUAGAUCCGGUCUCCAAACCCUACCCCACAACGCCAAAAUGCACUACAAUUUCGGGAAUUAUCUGCGCGAUUCGUCCCAGCCGGAGGACGCCAUCGUGCACUACCGCGAGGCCCUGCGCCUGUGGCCAACCUAUGCCAGUGCCCACAACAACAUCGGGACGCUGAUGGUCGAGUUUGGUCCGGCAGAGUACCACUUCCUGGAGGCGAUCCGGUACUCGUCGGAGCACAUCAAUGCCCACUACAACCUGGGACAGCUGUACCGCAAGUCCAACCGAACCGCGGACGCCGUCCGGAUGCUGGAGCGGUGCAUCAAGCUGGAGCCACUGUUCACCGCGGCUUACCUGGAAUUAGUGAAAUUAUACAGCGGACCGCAGGCCGGCCAGCUGCUGCGGCGCGUCGUCCGCCUGAACCCGUACGACGUGGACCUGCGCCGGCAGUACGGCGACUGGCUGGCGGAACAGAACUUACUGCUGGAGGCCGUCACCCAGUACCAGGAGGGCCUGCAGGUGCUGCCCACGCAUCAACUGUCCCUUAUUGGAGCGUGCCGGGUGCUGCGAAGGCUCGGCCAACACGGACGUCUCCACCAGCUCGUACUAAGAUGGCAAUUCAUAGUGCGCUUAUCGAGCGGUGGCAUUCCGAUACAGACCGAUAUCUAUCUCCGUGAUUGGAGCAUAAAGCACGAGCUGAGGAACCGAGCAAUGAUAUACGACACCGGGAGCAGCAGUAGCAGUAGCAGUACUGCUGGUGGAAGCAGCGUGGUUAGUUCGGCAGGAUCUCCCAAGGAUGGGAACGCCCCAGUUGCCAGCUCCAGAAAAGAUUGCAUCUCCUGCACCAACACCGUGGACUCCUCCCUUGCCAGCCAAACGGCCGGCGUCGAGCCGGACAUUAGCAUACGAAUCUUGCGCAGCCCGCACUGCAACCGGUCCGAGCACCUCCCCGGAUCGCUCAAGGCCUGUAAGAUAGUCCCCAAGCCCUCCCAAGCUUCGACCCCGACCUCCUCGAAAUCGAAAUCGACGAAGAGUUCCUCCUCGGGAAAGCACAAAAAGUGGCCCAAAACACGCCACAAGACGAAAGGACCACCCGAAGGACAGCUGGGACCGAACUCCGAGGGGCUGGCACCGCUGCUGGUGUCCAACCUGCUGGACAAGCUCUAACACGGUGGAAGGAGGGCGGCGGCUAGGGUGAUCUGCUAGUGUAGGGCGGGACAUUAUUUGGGUGUUUUAUAAAGAAAGCGGAGGGAAUACUUCGGAUAAACUGAGAAGCAAUUUUUUUCGGGAAUUUUAUUUCAUUCAAACGAAGCAGUGUAGCCAGAAAGGCAAGAAACGAUGUAAAUAUUAAACUUUUGAAGGUAGAUUAAGGUGAAAACGAAAUAUACUAAGGAUUCUUAAUUUUAAAUAACAAAUCAGAUUUGAUUUAAUGUGAGUCAACCUCAACUGGAAAAUUGAUUUAAAUUUUGGCCUCAGAUCUUAACAGUUUAAUGUGGCGAAUGAGGAUAGUUAAUUGAAUUGCCAAAUAUU